CUAGCAGCAUGAUGAUGUCAAAUCUGCGCGACGGCACCUCACGUUGAGGUUUUCAAUGAAUAAUUGAUGCACUAUUGUUUUCACCAAGUAUUUGUAUAAAAAAACUAUUUCCCUGUAACAUAUUAUCGACAUGAACAGCCGGUUGCAAGAAAUACGUGAAAGACAGAAGCUCAGGCGGCAGCUUCUUGCACAACAGCUCGGCGCAGAGAGUCCCGACAGCAUCGGUGCUGUUCUCAAUAGUAAAGAUGAACAAAAGGCGAUCGAAGAGACCAGAGAGACGUGCAGGGCAUCAUUUGACACAUCAGUUCCUGGUGCUAAAAGGUGUCCCAUUGACGGUGAAGACCCAGAGGAGGAUGUGGAGGAGCAGAGAGAAGAUGUUGAGCCCCAGCAGCAGGAGGAGAGCGGACCGUAUGAAGAGGUGUACAAAGACUCCAGCACUUUCCUAAAGGGCACUCAGAGUUUAAAUCCUCACAAUGAUUACUGCCAACACUUUGUGGACACUGGUCAUAGACCUCAGAACUUUAUCCGAGAUGGAGGUUUGGCUGACAGAUUUGAGGAGUACCCAAAACAAAGAGAGCUCAUCCGACUGAAAGAUGAGCUUAUUGCUGCCACCAACACCCCACCCAUGUAUCUGCAGGCAGAUCCAGACACAUUUGAUCUGAGAGAUUUGAAGUGUAAGUUUGAUGUGAUUCUGAUAGAGCCUCCAUUGGAGGAGUAUUACAGAGAGUCGGGCAUCAUUGCCAACGAGCGCUUUUGGAACUGGGACGAUAUCAUGAAGUUGAACAUAGAGGAAAUCUCAUCUAUUCGCUCUUUUGUAUUCCUGUGGUGUGGUUCAGGAGAAGGCCUUGAUCUCGGCCGAAUGUGUCUGAGGAAAUGGGGCUUCAGGCGAUGUGAAGACAUUUGUUGGAUCAAGACCAACAAAAACAAUCCUGGCAAGACCAAAACCCUGGACCCUAAGGCAGUGUUCCAGAGAACUAAGGAACACUGUUUAAUGGGUAUCAAAGGCACAGUUAGACGCAGCACAGAUGGCGAUUUCAUUCAUGCUAAUGUGGAUAUAGACCUGAUCAUUACAGAGGAGCCAGAGAUGGGCAAUAUUGAGAAGCCAGUAGAGAUUUUCCACAUCAUUGAACAUUUCUGCUUGGGCCGUCGACGGCUGCACCUGUUUGGCAGGGACAGCACUAUCAGGCCAGGUUGGCUGACUGUGGGCCCCACGCUGACCAAUAGUAACCUUAAUGUUGAAGCUUAUGCCGCCCACUUCGGUGAACCCAACUCUUACUUGUCUGGUUGUACUGAAGAAAUCGAGAGACUUCGUCCCAAAUCCCCACCUCCUAAAUCCAUGGCAGAGAGAGGUGGUGGUGCGCAGCGUGGAGGACGAGGUGGUCCCGCUGUGGGAAGAGGAGAUCGGGGUCGGGAGAGAAAUCGUCCAAACUUCCGUGGAGAGCGAGGUGGUUUUAGAGGCCGCGGAGGCCCACAUCGUGGAUUCCCUCCCCGGUGAUAGUGCACAACAUGACAACUUUGAGACUGAAAACAAAAAAUGUUUGUUGCUCUCAGUAGGAAUCAUAUUGUUUUGUUAGUUUAAGAGCGGAAACAUUUUUUAGUGAUAUACAGACCUAAUUCUGAAUGACUUGUCACAAUGCAAGUCACAUGCAAAAUAUUUGUAAAAGAAAAAAUGUAUUAAACCCUGUUUAUAUAUAUAUAUAUAUAUAUAUAUAUAUAUAUAUAUAUAUAUAUAUAUAUAUAUUUGUAAGGAUUAUUUUGACUUUUUUUAUUUGUGUUUUAACAUUUGCAAAUUCACUGAGGACUUCUCCUCCUGCCAUUUGCACACUUCCUGUGUGUCCUGUGGAAGGCAGUAGGGCUAAGUUUGAUGAUCAGUGUCAAAAGAGCUCAUUGAUUCUGUCAAUAGUGACAUGUAGAAUUACUGGUUUGCAGUAAAUAAAGCCAACCUAAUUGAUGUUUUCAGUUUAACAGGUUGUAAGUUUGUGGUGAAAAGCUGCAUCAUUAGAAAAGUAAAAUUUUUUGAAUUCUUAAAGGCUAGUUUUUUGCAAUGCUGGGUGAAGAAAAUUCUUUAAAAUGACAAGAAUACAGCCAGGGUUUCCACUGGAUAUUUGAGGAAGCCCAAUUUUGAGGAAUUUUUUUUUUUUUUUUGAUCUGGAAAAUAAAUCUGUAUAGGCAUUUUUAAAAUGAAUAUGCAUUUUUCUUUAUAUGCCAAGCUUCAAAAUAUUUUGUCAAAGUUUGAGAAACAUUGAGCUGGAAUCUUCUAUCAAAGAUUUUUAUGAAGUAAUUUCAUAAAAUUACUGAGUAUAUAAGUGUAUUGAAGAGUAUUUAAAAUUACUUUGAAAUCUCACUAUAGAAAGACCAUACUUCCACAAACAGUAGCAGAAUAUUGUUAUGCUUUUAUUCACGAAUUGCUCAAUAACCAGUUAUCUAAGCUUUAGUGUUGUUUUCUGGCCUGAUUUGGUUGCAACAUUACAAAAAGUGUGGGAUUUUCCAGUUUGGAUUAAUGUAACAGCAUCAUCUAGGCCAAGACAAAUGUGGGUCAGUUGCAUGUUCUGAUGUAAUUAGCUCAUGAAUAUCCAGCACAAAUUUGCACAUUUUCACAUGGUGGAUUAUAUCUAGGUAAUAAAGUAUCAGAGACUU